AGAAUAUAAUAUAAUGGCUGAGCAUGGCCCUCGGAAAGCCCUUGAUUUCUCAGAUCAGAGCGAAAUAAUAGAUACUUCUCAAAAUGCAAAGGCAGCUUUUGGUGUGAUUAAUGCAGAUACAUCAUGAAUCAAAAAGCUAGAGUAUAGCGCACAGAAAUAAAGAAAGGUCUCAUUCAAAUAAACACCAGGAGUUAAACAGUCAAAUAAUUCCUGAAAAAGGAAAGUCAGGCAAGAAGAGCUUCAUUGGGAACAACCGUCCGCAGGAAAUUGAUAACCGAAUCGAAGAUUUAGAGGAUAAUGAAGCUCAAGGAGUUUAUCAGAAGAUUACACAGAGAGAGUCAAACACUAAGACUCAUCUUUCGACAUCAGCUUCUUCAAAAACAGGGCAUACCAGUUCUAGUAACAUUGGGCAUUAUAUCCUUGGCAAAAGUAUUGGAAAGGGCACCUUUGGGAAAGUCAAGGAAGGUACCCAUAUUCUAACAGGCCAGAAGGUAGCCAUUAAAAUUUUAGAGAAGGAAAAGAUAGCAGAUUCUGCAGACGUUGAAAGAGUUGCUAGAGAAAUCCACAUCCUCAAAAUUAUUAGACAUCCUCAUUUAAUUCAGCUAUUUGAGAUCAUUGAGACUCCUAAACAGCUCUUUUUGGUCAUGGAGUAUACCGAAGGAGGUGAACUUUUUAAUUAUAUUGUUGCUAAGAGCAGACUUCGCGAGAAGGAAGCCUGCAAGUUCUUCCAACAGAUCAUAUCUGGUGUGGAGUACAUUCACAAGUUGAGAAUCUGCCAUAGAGAUCUCAAACCAGAAAAUUUACUUUUAGAUAAAAAUAAGAAUAUAAAGCUAAUUGAUUUUGGCCUAAGCAAUACUUAUAAGCAAGGGAGUACUUUAAAAACAGCUUGUGGGUCUCCUUGCUACGCAGCUCCUGAAGUUGUUGCUGGAAAGAAAUAUCAUGGCCUGAUGGUUGAUAUCUGGAGCUGAGGUGUUAUCCUCUUUGCCAUGGUUUGAGGCUACCUUCCAUUUGAAGACCCAGAUACAGGAAAGUUAUAUAAAUAAAAUUUUGGGUGCCAAUUACCAAAUUCCAGGCCAUGUUUCUCCAGAAUGAAAGGAUUUAAUGAGGAAAAUUUUGGAUACAAACCCCAACACAAGAAUAACGAUUCAAGAAAUAAGGAACCAUCCUUGGUAUAACCUUGCUGUCCCUGAUGAAAAAGAAGGGAUUAUUGUUGGGGUCAACCCCAUUCCAGUGAAUAAUAAAAUAUUAGAUGCCCUAGAAUCGUAUGGUUUCAAUUUUGAUCUGAAUGACUCAAAAACAGUACUAGGGAAGAUAAACCCAGCCAAAGUAUCUUGAAAAAUUUAUACAAAGAAGUGCAUUGAGUUAAACAAGCACAAUCAUUUCACGACUUCCUACUAUUUGUUGCUCAACCAGUGGGAACUCAACAAUGGAAAAUUGAAUAUCGAAAUCUCUGAAUCUAUGGACAGAUUGGGAAGGAAGACCUCAUUCCCAUUGCAAUUUAAGAGUUCUUGCAGAGGAAAUUCUGUUCAAAUCAAAGAUAAGAAUAAGAUAGAUCCCUUUGCACACCUGACUCCUGUAGCUCGCAGAUUUAUUGAAGAUAGUAAUAUUGUUACAAAUUCAAAAGCUUACUCUCAAAAUCCAAACAAUCGGGUGAAUUCGACUAGGAUUAAUAACAAACGAAGAAGCAAGAAACCGACUCCUAGUGACGUUUUUAGCACUGAGAAGAGCUCCUCACCUCAGAGCUCAGCUCGUAGGCCUGCUAUAAAUAACUACACUAAGUUCACAACCACUAUGGUGGGGUCUUUUAGGAAUAAAUCUGGAUAUUCAGCCCCUGACGCAAAGAGAAAUUCUGGAUAUGAUACUGCUAAAGGAUCAUUCUUUGACUCGAGAGGGUUAAAUGGUUCUACUAAAGGAGAGAAGAGAAGUUCACCCUAUUCUCUCAAGAGGAAGCCUCAGCUACCUAACGUAUCAAAGCAAAGGGUAGUAAUACGUUCUAAUAAUGAGAGAUAUCAUUACAGUCAAAAUUCUGCUUACCCUAAUUCGAUUGUUAAUCCGAAUUCUUCUAUAAGAGCUGGCAAUAAUAGUGCUAAAAGAGGGACGAAGAUUCAAAAUAAUUCCUUCCAGAUUGUGAAUAACUUUAUGCAGACUAAUUACAAUGGUUUUGGUAUAGGAAAUUUCAAUCAAACACAAGCACAGGCGAGGAAGACCACUUAUGGUUCGUUAGCAUACCCCUCAAAGAACAUUCAAAAGCCGCUGAACAUAGUCAAUUUCAACAAGAAAUCAAACUUGUAUAAUAUGAAGAAUUUAGGGUAUAAUCCUAACAUUUCAGUUGCGACCACCACCAAAGAAUCCCUUCGUAUUCACAAGAGCAAUAAGGCUGGAUCUAGCGAGAGACGAAGGGUUUCUGAUAGUGGCCAAAAAGAACGGUUCAACUGUGUGGGGCAAUUGUUUGGGAAGCAAUUGGGAAAUCAUGAUAAAAAGCCUUCUGUGUCAACCCAUCAAAAAAUCAGAAGAUAG